UUAAUAAUAUCAACACAAGUUGCAUACAAUACACUGUGCGCAACUAGUAAGUGCGCUAUAAAUUUUUAUUGUUUUGACUCAUUACAGCUCAUUAGCUCCAAAUUGAAGCGAUAAGUAAGUCGCAGGUGAUUCAUCCGAUCAACCUUUGUGCAAUACCACAGCGAACAAAUGCCCUCAGCGUUACAUAAAGCAACAAACAUAAUAUUUCAUCACCUAACCUUAGAAUCGACGUAAACAAAGCAUAUUUAAGAGCAUAAAACAAGUGAGAUUAAUCAAGAAUGGAGCAAAGUACAGACCCCGAAUCGGCCGCAUCUCUACCAGUAUACUUCCAGCGUAGUCAGAGCACUGAUGGCACAAGGACCCUAGGCCGCCACGCACCGAUGCGCAGUCUUUUAAUGACACACUCCUCAACAUUACCAACAAUCACGAGAGCCAGCUCAUUUGUAAAUGCAAGUUUCCAGCGACGCAGCGUACAACUACGCGAUAACUUUCAUCAUGUAGUCAGGGAAAUACAACCCUUGGUUGAGACUGCAGGCAAUGUCACACGGUUUCUCAAUAGACCCACAUCCGAGCCAAAUAUUCAAACAGCCUCGGAAUCUUCAACAUCCACAUCAAAUCAUGAUAAUACAUCACUAAGCAAUCACGUGGUGAAUAUUGAUGUGCCAAACAAUGCUCCAGCUGCUAUCAGUGAAGAAAAUGUGAUUGAAGAAGUUCCACCAACUGACGAGGCUGAAAAUGCUCAACAUGCGAACAUGGAGGCACAGGAAAUCCUGGGUCUCAUUGCCAAGUAUCUACCUUUUAUGUUCUUGAUCAUUAUCAAGUGUAUGUAUGACCAUCAGGAUGGUAUAUUGAAUACGAUAUUGUUGUUUGCGAUUUUUGCGAAUGCCAAUUCCGUUGUAAAAAAGGAAGCGACGAAACGCGAGCGUAGGAAUGUCACGAAACUACUGCUUGCGGCUGUGUACAUUGGCAUAGGGAUAUUUUUCAUUUAUUACAUAUUCGACGAUCAGAUGUUGUAUAUGAGUUUGAUUUUUAUACAGGAUUAUAAAGUUCCGAUGAACGAGUGGGAUCUGUUGUGGUAUGUGGGCAUCACGGACUUUGUGCUGAAGCUGAUUACCAUCGCGGUGAAGAUUGUUUUCACGUUACUGCCGGGAUUUAUUGUUGCAUUCCAAAAACGGGGAAAAAUUUACCUUUUCAUGGAAUCAUUCUCACAAUUCUACCGUAGUCUAGCCACAACACCCCCAUGGCUAAAAUACCUCCUAGACUCCUACCAAGGCACCGGAAAAAUGGUGGGUGUCCUCCUCUGCGCCGCAUAUUUCGUAUCAAAAGGCGCGUAUCUCUGGAGUAAAAUGCAGAUGCUCCAUCGGGCGACCUUAAAACUCCUCCAAAACGUCGCGAUCGGCUCGUCGCCGAGCAAGGAGCAGGUGCAGACGGCGGGCGAGCACUGCCCCAUCUGCCACGACGACUACGAGAAGCCGGUGCUGCUGCAGUGUCGGCACAUCUUCUGCGAGAACUGCGUGACGACGUGGUUCGACCGCGAGCAGACAUGUCCACUCUGCCGGUCGAAGAUCGUCGACGAUCCAUCAUGGCGCGACGGCUCCACCACCUUCUUCCUGCAGCUCUUCUAAGAAUUCCUCCACACAUAGGAUCUAGAUUAUUUUAACCGGACUAUAUUCUUUGAAAAUUGUUUAGCUGAUGACUAAUCAUUCAUUUCUCUUCCUUUCUUCACUUUGAAAUUGUUGUGUAAUAUUAAUUAAUAGUUAUUAUCGUUAAAA